AUGCAGUCCCCGUUUUUCGCCCAGCUGAACGGCUCGAGUCUGCACGACGAGGGCUGCUCUGGCCCGGAAAUCCCCACCCUGUCGAGGAUCGACCGACCCCUCCGAGCCAGCACAUCCAGCACCAGCACCGGCGCCAGCCCCGAUGAUACCUCCUCCGACUCCCCAGAAUGGAUCGGCAUGGGCGGCUCCGACCCGUCGCCGGUGAACCUGGAUGCGAUGAGCGCUUUCGCCCGAUCGCAUGAUUUCAUACUCGACAAUCACGAUAUGGACGCCACACCCAAGGUCGAGGAGUUGGACGAGGAUAUCCAGAGCAUCAAGCAGUCGGGUGUGGGGAACGGGGAGCAGGACGCGGGGGCUCCCGUCGCCGUUCCACGGAAACGUGGGCGCCCGCGCAAACACCCUCUGCCAACACCAGGGGGUCAGGCUAAGGUCACCAAGGGUCGGUCCAAGACCGGCUGUAUAACCUGUCGCCGCCGCAAGAAGAAGUGCGACGAGAGCAAGCCUGCCUGUCUCAACUGCCAGAAGAAUGCGGUCGUGUGCGAAGGAUACCCCCCCAAGGAAAUCUGGAAGAGUGGGAGACAGAGAAUCGCCGACGCGAUCCGCACCCAGACCCUUGUCACCGUGCCUCGCAGCCUUCCCCUCCUCAUCGACGGGAUUGAAACCGAAAUCGACCGCCGCUUUCUCGAUCACUUCGUGUACGGAUUUAGUCGCGUCUUGACCCUCGUCAACGAUGACUCGAACCCGUUCAAGGAGAUUCUCCUGCCUAUGGCCACGCAACACCGGGGGUUGAUGCAUUCGCUGAUGUGUCUGUCGGGGUCGCAUCUCUCCGGUCUGGAUCCAGAGCCCAAACUGAAGGAGCGCAAAUAUUUCCAUUUCCAUCGCGCCAUCCAAGACCUCAAGGACAACAUCACGGCAUCAUCAUCAUCCCAGAGUGGGGACCAGGACGAGGAGCAGCAGUUACUGGUCGAGGAUCCGAUAAUCGCGUCAACCAUCGCCCUCAGCCUGAAUACAAUCUGCGAAGGCGAGACCAACGGCGAAUACCGCCCGCACAUGGACGCCGCCCGCUACCUGCUUGUAUCACAGCAGCCGCGGAAUGAAAAGUUCCGGCAGUUCAUCGUCGAGUUCUUCCAGUACCACGACAUUUCCAAUGCCCUAACCUCUUUGGACCGGCGCCCCGCUCUUCUCCAAGCUGGCAUGCGCCUACCCGACUUUGUACCGGGCGCUCAAGCAGGGAUGUUCCUGGGUGUCUUUGACGGUCUAUUCAAUUACAUCUCGGAGAUCACCCAGCUCCGCGACCGAAUCCGCCAGCGGUUCGACGAAGGCUACGAGCCCGCCGUGGACUACCAGACUCUGAGUGAGGCUGUUCAAAUCGACACCGCAAUCCGGAACUGGAAGACCUCGCACGAGGAAGAAUCACCGAACUGGUUCCUAGCUCAGCUGUAUCGGCAAUCGACCUGGGUGUAUCUCUACCGUACCAUUCGGACCUCACGUCCGAGUGAAAAAAUCUCCCAAGUCGUCGAUGACGGCCUCUCAUACUUGGACCGCCUGCCGGAGGAUGCAGGCGCUUACAGUAUCGUGCUCAUGCCUCUCUUCCUGCUCGGCUGCUCGGCUUUCGAGACCCGACAGCGCGAGCGUAUCCAAAAGGGCUUUGAAUCCCUCAAAGCCUACUCCAACCUGCGGAACAUCGAGCCUGCCUUCAAGGUAGUUGCACAGGUAUGGGAAAUCAUGGACACGAACAUCGACGAAAGCUGGGACUGGGAGAAGAUCAUCCGUGAUAUGAACAUGGACUUCCUCAUCACCUAA